GUAUCACUAAAUAUUCCACCUCGCGCUUUAAUCGUCUAUAACAUGUACAUAUCGUUGAGCUAAUUCAUCGAAGUAUAAAGCUGUGGCCUUGUCUCCCAUUCAACAGGAUUUAACCGCUCUUCAUUCAAAGGGCUCUCCCUGCUGGAGAAGCGACGGUACUACAUGCCUUGCUGCAGCACUUCCUGAGGAACAGAAUCAUCAGGAUUCCGUUUUGAUUUUUCUCCAACAUCCAGUCUAUGUUUUGGGUGAGGACGCGAGCAUGGAGGCCGUUCACACCCAGGGCAUCUGGAUUGCUGAACGUCUGCAGCAGACGACGAUAAGUCAUGCACAAAUGUGGCUCACUGUCACUCAUAUUGGAGAUCCUAAAGCAGCCUUUCUGCUCCUCUUCCCUUUCACAUACUUCAUCAGCAAACGAACUGGAAUCGCGGUGCUCUGGAUAGCAUCCGUAUCGGAGUGGUUAAACUUGGUGGUUAAAUGGAUGCUCUUUGGAGAAAGGCCAUACUGGUGGAUCGGUGAAUCGCGUCUGUUUAUCAACAAGCCCCCCCACGUUCAACAGUUUUCCUCUACCUGUGAAACCGGACCAGGCAGUCCGUCGGGACAUGCGAUGGUGACGGCAGCAGUCUGGUGGGUCGUGGUGUCCGCACUGGGGUCAUUCCUCUACUCACGUAGUCGCAGUGUGACGCUAGCAGCUGCUCCCUACCUCUUCUACCUGGUGAUGCUGUUGGCAGUUGGACUCUCCAGGAUCUUCAUCCUCGCACAUUUCCCGCACCAGGUCGUCGCUGGCUCCAUCACAGGUUUCAUCCUCGGGGUGGCUCUGAGCCACAGAGUACCAGACGGCCGCUCCCUGCUGUUCUUCUUCAGCCUCAGCACCGGCCUGCUGCUCAGCACCGUGAUGCUGCAUGCCGGGCUGCAGCGGCUCGGGAUCGACCUCUCCUGGUCUAUUGUUUUGGCUAAGAAAUGGUGCAGCCAUGCGGAGUGGAUUCGUCUGGAUACAGCUCCGUUCUCCUCUCUGACUCGAGACUGCGGGGCCCUCCUGGGUUUGGGGAUGGCCCAGUACUGGAAGCCUGGCGGAUGGUCUCUGCCUUGGGCUCCUCAGGCUUUGUCUCUGGCCAUUUCGUCCAUGGGGCUGUACCACGUCAAUCGUCUGCCGCUCCCGAUCCAACCACCGGGACUCUUCUACGGGCUGUUCUUCAUCAAGUUUGUCAUGGUGCCUCAGAUUGUCAUGGUGCUGGUGCCUGGACUGGUUCACAUGGUCACGCACAAAAAGAGGAAGGACUAGAAACUGUUUUCCGUCUUUCACCUCUCCAAGGAUAAAAGCUUCCUCCUGAGUUUAAAUGCCUACUUUUCUCUUUACAUUUGCACAAAAUCAAAAUAGUGCAAUAAUAAUAAGUGAAAUACCACGGUAUAUUUUUUGUGGGUAAAGUGCAUUUUUUUUUAACAAGAGAAAUUAUUCAAAAACUAUACGUGACAGGGUCUAGCGUUUGAAUGUUACCAGAAAAAGGCUGUCGAGGGGGAAAACAUGUUGUUCUUACUUUAUUAAUGACGUUUUAGCCCUCAGACUUCCAUCAGGUUGAAAUCAGACGGAAAAGAUGUUCUCAAUAAAUGGCCGAGGAUCGUAAUAUCGUUCAUGAAGCGUGUUCAAGUCGAGGGAUUUAUUUAGACUUUCUAGACUGCCACAAAUGUAAAGCACCGUAAUGUGACCGUUAACCACCUUUGCACAAUGCAACCCGACCUGCAGCAGAGAGGAGCGGCUCCAGAGGUCCGGUGAACUCGCUUCAUCCAACGCCACCAACAGAUUUUAUUUUUAAUUUUCAAUCUUGCGGUCUUUAGCCACAACUGACGCCGACUCAAGUGACUUCACUUCACUCGAGGCAAUGUCUCAGAUUGUGUGUAUCUUCGCUGAAGACCCAACACCUGCAAACAAACUUUGAUGUGAAGAAUGGGCGGAGUUACAUUUUGAGCACAUCAGCAUGAAAUAAUAUUUUGCAACAAAUUAAACAAUUAGAAAACUCAAA